AUGCUGUCUUCCAUGGCGAUUCCGGUUAGUGGGUUUUCCUUAAAACUUCCGAGACCCAAACUUGUUGCUGUCUUGAGGAACAGAGCUUUGUCUGCUCCUGCAGAAAAAAGCUUCUCGUUGUCACGUCUCUUCAAUACUUCUUUCUACAGGUUCAAAGUGAGAAGCUUUCAGAGAGAAAAUGUCAGUAACAAUGACUCCGAAAAGUCUCAAGAUAGUGAAGAUGAGAAACCAAAUGUCGAUGAGAUACUUAAGAACGAAAACACAAUAGUUUCUGAAAAGAAGAAAGUCCCAUUCAUAGCAAAGUUAGGUGUGGGUUUAGGAUUGGCUCUGACUAUUACACUAAUAUGUUUAACUUUCAAAAGCUCUGGUGGUUCAUCUUUUGAGGUCAAGAGUCUAGCCAAAGCUUCUUCCUCUUCAGUAGGUUUCACUUUCAAUGCCUUUGGAAACACAUUCGUAAUUCCAGGAAACGCACCGGGAUGGGUUUACUUUUGGUUGCUUAUGGCUGCUGGGUUCGGGCUUUUUAUUAGCGAAGAGGCUUUGAAUAUAUGGGUUGGGAUAACAUUGGCUAGAAUGUUAACGUUUGAUGGGACGUGGCAGUCUUUUGCUGAGUCUUUCUCUCGGAAUGCUCCUUAUAUAAUGUCUACAGUCUCAUGGGUUUACUGGGGAGUUUGUAUAAGCGAUAUGAUACCGUUUUACCUUGGGAAGCUCUUCAGACAAAGUGGAGCAUCAGAUGAUGUUUGUUCAAAGCUAGGUAUAGGUAAAGAGAAAGUGCUGAGCAUUACGCAGGCUGUGGAGAAGUAUGGAAACAUGUCGGGUUUUGUGGAAAGAUUUUCUUUGGGGAUGAGGAAUCCUACAGCAUUUUUAGCUGGGGCUCUUGGAGUAUCUCCAGAGUGUUUCUUUGGAGGAGUUUGUUGUGGUGGCUUGAUUACUCUUCCACUUCAGCUUGUGAUCGGGUUUCUCCUUCGAGAACGACCCAUGUUUGCUGUUGCAACAGUUGCAACUGCAAUGGGAAUAUGGACUAUCUUCCCGUAUAUGGUGGCUGCAUCCACGGCUUUGUUCCUCUACAUUCGCCGUCGCUACUCCAGCUAG